AUUAUAUGUGGCCGUGGGUCGUGAAGUCUUUGUCGAUCCUCGGGCCGACGUGCAAAAGUCUAAUGGGGCUGAAAGAACGUGACGGUGUGACUUGUGGUCGUAAGUAGGAGUGUUGGUCGCCACUUGCCUCCCACCAGCUACGUUAGGCAGCCUCCAAGCACAAGAUCGUGUUUUUUUUCUACGAAGUUCGUGACACGUGUUCGUUUCACCAUGAACACCUUUCCGGACAUUCGAUUUCGCGCCUUGAAGUCCCCCAUGAAACCAGACGAGCUUCUUGCAAACUUGCGCCACAAUGUUCUGCCUAGUUUCCCACGCGAGAUAUCUCACUUCACCCGAAAUGCGCGGCAUGACUUGAACCUUUAUGACGAACUCAUCCAACACAUACGAAAUAAAAAGGCAACUCUCAGCCGCGAAAUUACUCGAUACGAAUCGCUCACGACCCCCAUUCGUAAACUCCCCCCUGAAGUCCUUCGCCAGAUAUUUGGGUUUGCAGCAGGUCGAAGCCGAUUUAACCAUCCUUUUUCGGCAUGCCAGUCUACUGCUUUCCGUCUGAGCAGCGUCUGCUAUAAAUGGAGGGAGAUCGCCUUGCAGUCUCCGGAGCUAUGGGCUAACAUGUGUAUUUCAUUGGACGCAAAAUCCAUUCUUCCAGUAAAACUCUCCUUAUCUCGUUCACAACAACAUACUCUAUCAAUCGAGUUAGUUGGAGGAUAUGAGGGUGAUGAGGAACAGCCUUGUGAAGAACUCUUACGUCUUCUGGUAGAGCAUAAUCAUCGUUGGCGGGAAUUAGACCUAUCCUUGGUCGGUUCUCUAGUGCUCGAUAGCGAUCUCGGUGGCUUCAAUUCCAUGUUGGAAUCGGUUAUCUGCUCCUCUGUCGGAUUGCACAGCCUGUCCUUUAAGGAAGACGAGAAUUUGCAGAGUUUUACCUUGAACAUGGAACCUGAAUAUCCGAUAUAUCAUGAUGACUUUCCAUGGGAAACUAUCCGCCAUCUCAACACUAAAUACGGCAACCUACAGCACGUCCUCGAGUGUUUGCAGCAUGGUCGUGGGUUGUUAUCCUUGACAUAUCGCGAUGACCAAGAUUCCGCCCUAACUUACAAUUUUCCCUCGCAACGCGUGGACGAAGACCGCGUCGUCUCGAAUUUAGGAACCCUAUCGCUCGAAUUAUCAAACCCAUCGACUCUCUACCCUCUUCUUAGCGACAUCCUCCAAAACGUGACUCUACCGUCCCUAAAAAACCUCACCAUUUCUUGCGAGACGCUGGGUGUCCGACAGCGAAUCUCGAGGACAUUUCAGUUUUGUCACAUGUGGCCAGCAGUCAACCUCAGCCUGUUCAUGGAACGAUCACGCUGCAACCUGACCACCCUGGUGUUAACGGGUAUUCCUCUAUUAGACUCGCAAGUCAUCUCAAUGUUGCACCUCACUCCUUCACUCCAUACCUUCACUCUCCACGAGCUCUGGGCCACGGAAACAACCCAAUAUCAAGAAGCCCCGAAGAAGCUUCACAGAACGGUGACGAAGGACCUGCUCGAGAAAUUGGAGGCUACCUACUCCAACGCGUUCUAUUUCCAACAUCCCUUACUUCCGAAGCUCAAGUGGCUCACACUUUGGGUCCAGUCGCAUUUCGAUGCCGACGAGGCGUUUGUUGAACUGGUCAAGUCGAGAUGGGUUCGUCCUGCGUCGGGUGAUCCGUCCUUUGCUUAUGAUACAGAGCACCUUAGGACUGUGGAGUUGUACGUUUUGGGUCGGAAGCUAUUGGAGGAGGUAUAUGAACCAUUGAAGACUAUUGAAGAGAAUGGGAUGAUGAUUACUGUUUUUGGAGAUGGAGUACGUGUUGUGUGAGUAUCGGGCAUAGUGGACGCAUUUUUCAUAUCUGGACCGUAAGAGUUGUGUGAGGGUCUGUGAGCCGUUUGGGCUUCGCGUAGUUCACGGGCCUUUUGUUCCCUUUCCCCCAGCACCCUACAUCCUUUCAAGUAAUACUGCGUCUUUGUUCCUAGUAUGGAGGUUCUCUUGCCUUCUCCUACAAAAAAACAAUUGCCAUGUUAUCGUUCAUCUACUUACUAAUCCGAGCAAGGCAGAGCUGAU